GACACAACAAAGUUUCGGUGGUGUUUUUAUUUUUGCGUACUAACUAGGUAUUUUGUGUCGUGUUUAGACCAAGGUUAGUGAAUAAAAGCUCCAGCGAUAUGUUACUCUGAAGAUAGGAACUGAACAUGCUUCGAGAGAACUCGUGUGAUUUCUACAGUUGCAAUGAGCCGUACAGCUAGCAGGAAUGGUGCUGAGCCACCUGAUGUCUCGCCAAUCAGAUUCAGCAAUAACACCAGGUCGAGUAACUCCUCUUCCUCAGUAUUGAAAGUCGGACUCUCAAAUGAUGAAGUGGAGUGUACUGGAUAUCGGUUGAGCAUCUUUAAGAUGAUCGGCAUUGUUCUCCUGACGGUAGUGACCCUUGGCUUCAUCCAGCUCGUCCUCUACUGGAAGCCAGAGUGGAGGCUGUGGUGUACUCAUUCUGUCUCUUCAAUCCGAGAAGCUGAGGCGGUCUUACUCAAGGAUGAGUACGGUCAGUAUUUUGUUGAGAAGAUUCACACCAGAGGGGCUGACGAAAAUCUCAUCCGACAAAUCUAUUCAAACAGGCUUGAGCUACAAGAGGAUGAAGUUUCCAGUGUCUUGAAGUGCAGUGUAAACGUGGCAUCUCGUGAUGCUUUACAUCAAAGCGGUAGUAGUGUCGUAGAGGGAAUGGAAGUGAACGGCUACAGUGAAGAUGAGGAUGAUGACGAUGCCUCUAAGACGCUCUUGAAACCUACAAGACAAAAAGACUCGAGGUCAAAGCUGCGCUACUUUGAGUUCCAGAAACUGAUUUACGUCUGGGAUCGAGACUGCCAGUCUUAUCAGUUCUUACAUGGGCUGGAUGAAGGUAUUCCCAACGCGUCCUUCUACAGUGACUUAAACAAUGGAUUGACGGUAUCUCAACAAUCACAGAGGUGUUCUCUAUUUGGUCAAAAUCUCAUUGAUAUUAAAGUCAAGUCUUACUUCAAGCUGUUCAUUGAAGAGGUGUUGAAUCCUUUCUACAUCUUUGAGCUAUUCAGCAUUGCCCUGUGGUGUGCUGAGGAAUACUACAGCUAUACAAUCUGUAUCGUGAUUAUUCUUAUAUUCUCACUGGUGGUCUCUGUCUACGAAACUAAAAAGCUAACUAAAACUCUGAAAGAUAUGGUCGUCCACCAUUCCACUGUAAUAGUGUGCCGCCCCAAUGGAGUAUGCGAGGAGACUGAUUCCAAAUGGCUGGUACCCGGCGAUGUGGUUCUCAUCCCUCAGAAUGGCUGCGUUAUGAGCUGUGAUGCUGUACUCAUCAGUGGAAACUGUAUCGUCAACGAGAGUAUGCUAACAGGUGAGAGUGUUCCAGUUACGAAGACCCCUCUUCCAAACCCACCGCCCAGCGACACAGAAGCCAUCCCGUACUACUCCCCCGAUGCGCAUAAACGCCACACGCUAUUCUGCGGAACUCAUAUUAUUCAGACUCGGUUCUAUGGUAGCGGCAAGGUCAAGGCCGUUGUUGCAAGAACAGGUUUUUCAACCCUGAAGGGAGAUCUAAUUAGGACGAUUCUUUACCCCAAACCAGUUGGAUUCAAAUUCUACCGAGACGCACUCAAGUUUAUUGGGCUCCUUUCAUUUGUUGCUUUAAUGGGAAUGAUUUACAGCGUUGUGAUCCUCAUCUACAGAAAGGCUGACACGGCAGAUUCAGUAUACAAAGUCCUUGACAUCAUUACGAUAUGUGUGCCUCCUGCCUUGCCGGCGGCCAUGACGGUGGGGACAGUCUAUGCUCAGAGCCGUCUCAAGAAACAAGGCGUGUUCUGCAUCAGCCCUCAGCGCAUCAACGCAUGUGGGAAGCUAAAACUCAUCUGCUUUGAUAAAACGGGCACCUUAACCGAAGAUGGUCUAGAUCUUUGGGGCGUGGUCCCCCUACAGGAACGACACUUCCUCUCCGUCGUACAGAAAGCCGCCGACCUGGCGCUGGGUCCCUUUAGGGUUGCCAUGGCAACGUGUCAUUCCUUGACGAGGAUCGACGGGGAGUUAGUCGGCGAUCCGCUGGACCUCAAGAUGUUCCAAGCGACCAACUGGAUUUUGGAGGAGCCUGGUAGCGAUACGACUCGGUUCGAUACCAUCAUCCCAACGAUUGUUAAACCUGCAUCCAACGGUACAUUACUGUCAGAUCACUCGGAUGAGGCGCCAUAUGAGGUUGGAAUCCUUCGACAGUUUCCAUUUUCAUCUGGUCUCCAGCGGAUGAGCGUUAUUACUCGUACCCUAGGCGCUAAGAACAUGGAAGUGUUCGUCAAAGGGGCACCAGAGAUGAUCGCAUCUCUGUGCAUCAGAGAGACUGUGCCACUGGAUUUCCUUGAAGUGUUACAGAGCUUCACACAGCAAGGGUACCGUGUUAUCGCCCUCGCUUGGCGACCUCUUGACCCCAAAUUGUCAUGGCACCACUCUCAACGCAUUUCAAGGAAAGACGUUGAAUGUAACUUGAAUUUCCUGGGUUUCCUGGUCCUGCAGAAUGCCCUGAAACCUGAGACCACACCCGUGAUUCAUGAGUUAAUUGCGGCAGACAUCCGCACCGUUAUGGUCACAGGUGACAACAUGCUGACUGCCAUAAGUGUUGCCAGGGAUUGUGGAAUGGUCGCUCCGAUGUCAAAGGUCAUCAUGGUGAAUGCCACGCCACCUAGUGGUGAGGGCCCCGCCUCCAUCAGCUGGAACUACGACACCACACCGGAAAGAGAAAAUAGCGGCAAAUAUACUCAGUCAGAUUCCCAGUUGUACAACAGCAACGCUGUGACGUAUCAAGGUGAUGAUAGAUUCCACUUUGCGGUUACAGGAAAAUCCUUCGCUGUCGUCAGAGAGCACUUUCCUUGCCUCAUGCCAAGAAUCGUCCAGCGAGGGACCGUCUUUGCUCGUAUGGCCCCCGAUCAGAAAACCCAACUGGUGGAAGCCCUUCAAGACAUCAGUUACUGCGUUGGUAUGUGCGGGGAUGGAGCCAAUGAUUGUGGGGCUUUGAAGACCGCUCAUGCCGGUAUCUCGCUGUCAGAGGCAGAGGCUUCUGUCGCUUCUCCCUUCACCUCAAAGACACAGAACAUCUCAUCGGUACCCAUCGUUAUUAGGGAGGGACGAGCAGCUUUGGUGACCUCCUUAGGUGUCUUCAAGUACAUGGCCCUAUACAGUAUCAUUCAGUUUACAUCAGUCAUCAUUCUCUACUGGACCAACUCAAACCUCGGUGACUGGCAGUUCCUUUAUGUGGAUCUAAUAAUCACAACAUCGGUGGCUACUCUCAUGGGGUUGAAUCGUUCACAUCCCACCUUGGUACGUCGCCGUCCACCAGGUAGCCUGGUCGCACCCAUCUUCCUCAUCUCUAUACUGAUAGAGAUUGUACUAGUGUGCUCAAUCCAGGCUAUCGCGUAUUCCUCUCUACAUUAUACAACAUGGUGGAAAGCUCCCUCGAUAUCACCACACUCUGAGGAUAACAUCUACACAUACGAGAACACCAUAGUUUUUACUGUAUCAUCCUUUCAGUACAUGAUACUCGCUGCGGCCUUCUCAAAAGGAGCUCCUUACAGAACCCCUAUUUAUAAGAAUGUUCCCUUCAUGGCGGACCUUGCCCUCUUGGUGACAGCCAGUAGUUUCAUGCUUUUCCUACCCAGUUCCUCGGGGGUCCUGAAUUGGUUCAUCGUGGACGUUAUGCAAUUGAAACUCUUAGCUGGGGAACACCUCAGCUUUGUCCUGUUUAUGUUCGGUCUCGUACUUUUCAACUUUGCUGCAUCAUUUUUACUGGAGACGUUUGUAGCGGACAGCAAUUUUCUACGUCGAUGCGUCAGCCUUGUCCGCCCCAAGAAGACGCCCAAACACAUCUUCAAGACGAUUGAGCAUCAGAUCCGGGAGGACCCAAGUUGGCCCAUGGGCAGCCAGAACCAUUCCCAAUUGGGCCCCAAUUACAGUCCGAGCAUUACCCAUCUUUCAUAGAAAAGUCAUCAUCAACAGGUGGACACAAGCUAUUAAAACCAAAAUAUUAUAUAUUUUUUUAACCUAAGAUUUUAGACUAAAAUUUCGAAUGAUAUUUAUAGAUAUUUUGAAUUGAUACCAUGUUACUGUCGAGUUUCUUACAUGUAGAUUGGGUUAUUAUUAGGAGUUUGUUAUUAUUGUGUGAAGGGGGACAGACUAUUGUCCUGUAAAGGCACUGGACACUAUUGGUUAUUACUCAAAAUAAUUGUUAGCAUAAAAACUUACUUGGUAUUGGAGAGCUGUUGAUAGUAUAAAACAUUGUGAGAAAUGGCUCCCUAUAACACUGUCUGAGGUAAGAUGUUUCGUUAAAAGAAGUAAUUUCUCACUAAAAUAUUUCAAUUGAAUAAGAGACCUCAGCUGAGGUCUCGAAUUCAAGCAUCUGA